AUGCAGCGAUCAUUUGUCCGUCAGACCCGAUCUAGAACCAAGGUCACCCAAGAUGCAGCGGGAAACCGUAAUCAAUCUGGAGACGGCGCUUGUGUGAUGAUUGACGAUCCGGACACGACAGCGGAUGAUAGUUUUGUGCCUUCGGUGAUCGAUCUUGAGCACGGAAAUGAGUGUGAGUGUGCGAAAUGUGAUCGACCCAAUAAUGACGAGCUUUAUAUGGUCCAAUGCGGAGGCUGUAAGCGUUGGUACCAUUUCUCGUGCGCGAAUGUUGACACGAUUACGGUACGCUCAAAAGACUUUGUGUGUGCGCAGUGUUCCCCUAAGGUACCUCCACCACCUGCUAGUUCUACUGCUGGACGGUCCAGCGUCUCUAGUGCACGGAGAGCUCAGAUAGCCCGUGAUCUAGAUCGAUUGGAGGAAGAAAGGCAAGUACAGGAGAAAGUGGAGGAGGAACGACUACGGAUGGAAAAACUGUUGAUCGAUAAGGCGAUGAAGGACAAACUAGAACGCGAAAAGGAGUACAUUGCUCGUAAGCAUGAGCUGCUCCGUCAGCAGGACGAUGAAGUAUCCAGCACACGUAGUCGGCAUAGUAGCAGGAGUAGCAUCCAAAAGGUGGAAGCAUGGGUUGAGAAGCAUGUGAAGCCUACUGAUAUCAAUCGAGUCAACGUGGCAGGAAACGUGACUGAUGCAAAGAACAUCGAUCAAGUGACACCAACACCCGUCGGUACGUCAACUCCGUUAAUGAAUAGCGGAAUAUCUGAUAUUGAAGGGGAAGUAAUUUCUAUUCCGCGUACCACCGAUAGUGUAACCAUCGGCGAAAGUCCGGAGAACGAGUCAGAUUCGGCAAACGAUCAACAUCGGAAUCCAAAAAACCAUUUGAUUUCUCCAAAGCUGCAGUUAGUGAACAUUCAACCAUAUGCUCGCCUACUGGAAGAGUCUAGGGCUGCACAGUGGAAGAUUGGAAUUAAUCCGAUGCAAUCCAGAACCGGCACGAUUCCGAAGUUCGUUCCGAAGCUUAUGGGAAACUCCUCUCCAUACGAUGUUUGGCACCGUGAAACCAGUGAGCUGAGAAAGCAGCAAUGUCUUGAGCUGCAACUUCAGCACGAUGUUGAACUGGAGCGUCAUGAGCAACGUGAGCGUGAGCUGGUAGAUCGCCUCAAACGCGCGGAGGAGCAGCGCGAUCUGGAACGACAACGGUUGCUUCAAAUCGAAGAUGGCUUGCAAAGGCAGCGUGAUAUAGCAACGAAACAUCAGGAGGAGAACGAUUUGAGGCGCAAACGAGAGAUGGACCUGGUAAACAAGUUGAAGCAGUUGGAACAACAGCGUACGGAAGAACGGAACCAAUUACUCAAGGCUGAAAACGCUUUGCAUAUGCAGCUUGAAAUGAGUAAUCAGCAGUACCAGACCCUGGCGGCGACAAGGCAGCAGGAGCAAGCGGAAAGAGACGAAGACCGACGAAGAUUUCGUUCGUUAGAGCAGCAACUUGCAGACCAUCAAGAACUACUUCGACUACGAGAGAAGAGCCGUCCAUUUCGAGCAACGGAGCCACAACAAGUGGCACCAGUGGCAUCCACUCAGCCAAUGCUGCACCUUUCGUUGGACGAACGUUGGAAGGUGGUGAAAGAGAACAAGCUGUGCCGCAGAUGCCUCGUUUCGCACACUCGCUGGCCUUGUGAAGGUGAAGUCUGCGGCGUCAACGGUUGCGAAAAGCGCCAUCAUCAACUUCUACAUUAUGAGCCUACCUCAGGACAAUCCGCGAUUACCACCAACGCUACUGUCACCAUCCAUCGUCAGCCUGUUUCGUCGACGUUAUUCAAGAUACUUCCGGUGACGUUAUACGGGAAGAAUGGUUCCGUUGAUACCUAUGCAUUUCUGGACGAUGGAUCAUCGGUCACCCUAGUAGAAAAGGCAAUAGCAGAUGAACUUGGAGCCGAUGGUAAAAUGCAAUCCUUGUGUAUCCAGUGGACUAGCGGAAUCAACAAAAAGAUUGCCACUACCCAACUGGUAAAGCUGGGAAUAUCAGAACCCGGUGGUAAAAAUAAAUUUGAUGUGUCGGAAGUCUACACCGUCGAGAACUUGGGACUACCAGAGCAAUCGUUGGAUUUUGCUAGCAUGCUAAAGCAGUACAAGCAUUUUCGAAACUUGCCAGUCAAGAGUUUCCAGAGGGGCGUUCCUGGUUUGCUGAUUGGUUUAAACAACGCUCACCUCCUGACCGCGUCCAAAGUUCGAGAAGGAGAGGAACAAGAACCAAUCGCUUCAAAAACUCGUAUCGGAUGGGUAGUCUGCGGUAGUCUGCGAGGAGGAGCUCAUCAAUUCCAACACCGGCAGAUGCACAUGUGCGUGGAACCAGCGGAGCUCGAUCUACACGAAUACGUACGUGAAUUUUUCUCUGUGGAAAGUCUAGGGGUUUCAGUGGCCCCGAUUUUGGAAGGAAGUGAAGAUCAACGAGCUCGUCGAAUCCUCGAAGAGACGACAGUAAGAACAACUAGCGGGAAGUACGAGACUGGACUCUUGUGGAAACAAGACUCCAUAAAAUUUCCGAAUAGCAGGCCGAUGGCUGAACGUCGUUUGAAAUGUCUCGAGAAGCGUCUUGAGAAGGAUCCGCAACUCUACGACAGCGUACGGCGCCAAAUAGCGGACUACCAGGCAAAAGGUUACAUCCAUGCGGUAACGGAAGAAGAAAUUACAAAAUUCGACCCACACCGCACUUGGUACCUUCCCCUUGGAGUGGUUCUGAACCCUAAUAAACCGGGAAAGGUGAGGGUAAUAUGGGACGCAGCGGCUAAGGUAGACGGAAUCUCUUUAAACACGAUGUUGUUGAAAGGUCCUGAUUUGCUGACUCCGCAGCUGUAUGUUAUGUUUAAGUUCCGUGAACGGGAAGUGGCAUUCUCUGGCGAUAUCCAAGAAAUGUUCCUGCAGGUCGGAAUCAGAAGAAAGGACCGAAGUGCACUAUUGUUCGUGUUCCGCAACUCGCCAUCUCAACCUAUGACUACUAUGGUAUCUGACGUGGCGAUCUUCGGAGCGACUUGUUCUCCAGCUCAAUCGCAGUAUGUCAAAAAUCUGAAUGCAGCGGAAAACGAGCAAGACCAUCCAAGAGCGGCGGCAGCAAUCAAGAAUAGACACUACGUCGACGAUUACUUGGAUAGCGUCAACACGGAGGAAGAAGCGAUUGAGUUGGCUCUGGAAGUGGCGGAGGUCCAUCGGAAGGCAGGUUUCCACAUUCGUAACUGGGUGUCAAAUAGACCCAAAGUACUAGAGGCUAUAGGAGAAGUUAACCCAGCUACUGUCAAGAACCUCACGAUGAACAACCAGAGUGGAUUUGAGCGACUACUUGGGAUAUCUUGGCUGCCGAGGGAAGAUGUGUUCUGCUUUUCGCUUAGCCUGCAAGGAGAUCUUGAAGAAUUAGUGGAAGGCGUGAUUGCACCAACCAAACGAAUGAUGCUGAGCUUUGUCAUGAAAAUCUACGAUCCGUUGGGGCUGGUAGGUUCGCUGAUUAUUCAAGGGAAGAUCCUCAUACAAGAAGUCUGGAGAGCUAACGUGGAUUGGGAUGAGCAAAUACCGGAGAACAUUUUCAAGGCAUGGAAACUCUGGCUUCAGGCCCUGCAAGAAUUGAACAAUGUGAGAAUUCCUCGUUGCUAUUUCUCGGGGUACGAUGUUAACUGUUAUGAUUCUCUGGAAUUGCACAUAUUCGUCGAUGGCAGUGCACAAGCAUACUCGGCCGUGGCUUACUUCCGUGUUCAGGAUCGUGGACAGAUACGAUGUGCUCUAGUUGCUUCAAAAACGAAAGUUGCUCCACUACAGUUACUAUCAAUCCCGCGCUUGGAAUUGCAGGCGGCGGUUCUCGGGGCGCGUCUUCGAAAAACGAUUGAAGAAGGUCAUUCAAUCCAAGUCAAGCGCACACAUUUUUGGAGUGACUCUAGUACGAUUAUCUCGUGGAUCAGAUCGGACACUCGUCGGUAUCGGCCAUAUGUUGCCUUCCGAGUCAACGAAAUUUUGAACCAUUCAAGGAUUGAGGAAUGGCGAUGGCUGGGAACGAAAAUCAAUGUUGCAGAUGAAGCUACAAAAUGGGGAAAAGGCCCGAACUGUACGCCAGAUAGUAGGUGGAUGCGAGGUCCUGCGUUUCUCUACGAAAAGAAGAGUGAGUGGCCGAGCAGCGGAUUCGAGGUACCGGAAGAAACAACGGAAGAAUUACGAUCGGCAUACAUAUGCAGUCACUUUCUAACAGUUCCGAUCAUUGAGGUGGAAAGAUUUUCCAAAUACGAGCGUCUGUUGCGAAGCGUAGCAUACGUUUACCGCUUCCAAGAGAAAAGUUUGAGACGAGCUGGAAAUACACAGUGCGAAGGUGCAGAAGAGUUAAGCAGUGAAGAAUUGCAGAAAGCAGAACGGAGUCUGUGGCGACUUGCACAAUCGGAGUGCUAUCUGGACGAGGUAGCUACUCUAAAACAUAACAGUCAAUUGAAGCGAGAACAGCAGAAGGCGUUGGAUAGAAGCAGUUCUAUAGCGAAGCUACCUCCUCUACUCGACGAGCACGGUGUUCUACGCGUGGAUAGCCGUAUCGCAGCAGCAGACUACGUCCCGUACGAUACCAGAUACCCUAUCAUUCUACCGCGGGGUCAUCGGAUUACCAACCUAUUACUGGAUUGGUAUCACCGAAUCGAUUAUUUCGGCCCCUACUUCGUUAAGGUCGGACGAAGUUCCGUCAAGCGCUGGGUAGCGGUCUUUACGUGCCUUACCGUGCGUGCAUUACAUCUGGAGAUAGUCUUCAGUUUGACAGCUGAUUCAUGCAAGAAAGCCAUUCGACGGUUUAUUGCUAGAAGAGGAGCACCACAAGAAGUGUAUACGGACAACGGCACCAAUUUCGUUGGUGCUAGCAGGGAGCUGGAAAUUGAGUUGCGAGAAAUCAACAUCGCGACGAGCAGCACUUUUACGGACACGAACACCAAAUGGCGUUUCAACCCUCCCUCUACCCCUCACAUGGGUGGUUGUUGGGAACGGAUGGUACGAUCUGUAAAGACUGCGCUGGGAUCAUUGCCAACGUUACGCAAGCUAGACGAUGAAUCCUUCAUGACGCUGUUAGACGAAGCAGAACACAUGAUCAAUUCACGACCGUUAACGUUCGUGCCGCUGAGCAAUGAAGAACAGGAGUCGUUGACUCCGAAUCACUUUUUGAUGCUAAGUUCGAGCGGAGUUCGACAGCCGGUCAAAGCUCCCGUGGAUGAAAGAAAAGCUCUAUUGGACAGUUGGAAGUUACUGCAACAUAUGCUGGAUGCGUUUUGGCGGCGUUGGAUUAUUGAGUACUUACCAAUCAUCUCCCGCAGAACCAAGUGGUUUCAAGACGUGGCACCAGUCAGGGAAGGAGCGAUAGUAGUAAUAGCAGACGAAGGAGUUCGUAACCAGUGGACAAGAGGCCGUGUGAUCCGUACAUAUCCGGGCAAAGAUGGAGUAGCACGUCGAGCCGACGUAGAGACAUCUAGCGGCGUAUUGAGGAGACCGGUUUGCAAACUUGCUGUUUUGGAUGUAGUUCCUGAUGGUGACGCCGAAACGGAUUCCGGGCGUCACGAGGGGGAGAAUGUUGCCACUGGACAGUCCCUCGAAUUGACAUGA